GUUUUUGUAUCUGCUUCAGAGCGGAUUCAACCGCCAAGUAAGUUACAUUUUGCUAUGUCACGCUAAAGAAGUUUGAGACCAGUGUUAUUUAUAGAAUAAAAAAACUGGACUGGUGCGGGCCACGGAGACGUAAGCCGCUGGAUAUACGAUCUGAGAUGAGAGCCCGUUGUGUUUUUUGAAGGGGACUCCAGGUGAAUUAGUCGUUUGAGCCGUUGUCAUUACUGUAAAGCUAACGCUCACACAGUGAAGCCUCAUGUUUUCGUCAAGCCAAGAGGAGCACUGUGCCCCGUCCAAAGACCCGGUGAAAUACGGGGAGCUGGUGGUGCUGGGGUACAAUGGCUCUCUGCCCAAUGGAGAUCGGGGUAGACGGAAAAGCAGAUUUGCGCUAUACAGGAGGACCAAAGCCAAUGGUGUUAAGCCAAGCACUGUGCACAUCCUCAACACACCCCAGGCCAGCAAGGCUGUGAACUGUAAAGGCCAACACAGCAUCUCCUACACACUGUCCAGGAACCAGACGGUCGUGGUGGAGUACAGCCAUGAUAAAGACACAGACAUGUUUCAGAUUGGGCGUUCCACUGAGAGUCCCAUAGAUUUUGUGGUGACUGACACAAUAGCCGGAGGCCAAGAGGGUGAAGAGACUCCUAUCACACAGAGCACCAUCUCCCGCUUUGCUUGCCGAGUUGUCUGUGAGCGCAACCCACCCUUCACUGCUCGGAUCUACGCGGCUGGUUUCGAUUCUUCCAAAAACAUCUUCCUCGGGGAAAAAGCCGCAAAAUGGAAGAACCCUGACGGUCACAUGGACGGCCUAACAACCAAUGGCGUGCUGGUGAUGCACCCUAAGGGUGGGUUCACGGAAGAGUCAAAGCCUGGCGUGUGGAGAGAGAUCUCUGUUUGUGGGGAUGUUUACACACUGAGAGAGACCCGCUCAGCACAGACCCCAGGCAAACUGGUGGAGAAUGAGAGUAAUAUACUGCAGGACGGCUCCCUGGUGGAUCUGUGUGGAGCCACUUUGCUGUGGCGUACCGCAGAAGGCCUCUUUCACACUCCCACCCAAAAGCAUCUGGAGGCUCUCAGGCAGGAGAUUAAUGCAGCGCGGCCCCAGUGCCCCGUAGGUCUCAACACGCUCGCCUUUCCCAGCAUGCAACGCAGCCGCGCCCUCUCCUCUCUGGAAGACAAGCAGCCUUGGGUCUACUUAGCCUGCGGCCACGUGCACGGUCACCACAACUGGGGUCACCGGUCAGAGCAGGAGGCCAACACUCAGCGAGAGUGUCCCAUGUGCCGCAUGGUCGGGCCCUAUGUGCCGCUGUGGUUAGGCUGCGAGGCAGCCUUUUAUGUGGACACAGGUGCACCCACGCAUGCCUUCGUGCCAUGUGGACAUGUGUGUUCGGAGAAGUCAGUCAAGUACUGGUCAGAGAUCCCUCUGCCCCAUGGCACCCACGCCUUCCACGCUGCCUGCCCCUUCUGUGCCACCCAGCUCAGUCUCACUCAGGGCUGUUCCAAACUAAUCUUCCAGGGCCCGGUGGACUGAGCUCAAGGGUCCUGCUCUGGCAGAGGAGAUUAGGCAGGAAUGCCGACAUGCUGUGAAACUGUUCUGAAUUAUUUUGUGCUUUCUUUUGUUCUUGUAAGCCAGCUGUGGAAAAGGAGUAGGUCUUCUCAAGUUCUGGUCAUAUACUGUGGAUUCUGCACAACAAGGGAGCCAUUACAGAUUGUUCAGGGCCUCUCGUGGCUGUUUUGGAUGCCCACUGUGGGACACAGAGAUGUGGAGCACACUGGACCACAGAUGCCUGGCUCCCCUAGAAUGAAACACUGUUUCAGCUGCCCUGUCAACCAACCGCUUUAAACAAGGCUCCAGCGCUGGGCUGUUUUUAAACUACAGUGGCUGCUGGUUUUCCAUCAAAGGGCAAUAGAAUUAAGUUUGUAGGAGUAAGGAAUUGCUUUUACUCAUGAAUCUGACUGAACCAGAUAACAGUGGUGUUGUUGGGUCUGAUGGGAAUAAAAGAAAAAAGGGGGAGGGGUUAUAGUUCAAUUCCUGGUGAUCUGAGACAAAGUUUUUACAGAGCCAGACAGCUGGACUGUUGGCUGAGAGAAAAGCCAGGAGAAAUUUUGGGUCUAACUAGUUAAAGUGCUCCCCAUUGCCCUGUCAGCCCAGAACCCUUAAUGGCAUCUAGAUCAUGUAGCUCUCCAGAUUUUUGGCUUCCAUUUUGCUGAACAAACUUUGAGGAGGGGGUGGGGGGACUUUUUGUGUAUAGAGAUAUAAUCCAGUGCCUCGAAUCCCAUUAAACCGUGGGAAUAUUUUUCAUAAAUGAGAACCGAAUAUUUUGUUGAAGGCAAAGGGAGAGAUAGUUUUGCAUACAGAAGACAUAAGGAAGCGACAACCCACACGGAUUCUUCUUCUCCACGUUUUUAUCUGACAGAAGAGGUAUUUUACUACACUGAGGCCCUUGUACUGUUUUGUAAUGCAAAUGUUAAUAUAUUUUUCUCCUGCAUAAUUAAUGUGUGAGAAUGUUUGAGUGUGUGUGUGCAUGCAUGUAUGAUUGUGUGUGUGCGUGUGUGUGUGGGUUGGACUGUGUGGGUGCCCUUGGGCUUUGUUUAAAUCGCCCUGCAUCAUUUCACCCCAAUCCCCUUUCUAUGAUCUCGCCCACCACCCAAACUGCUACCAGAGAGAACACAGGAAUUAAAACCGACCUCGCAGGGUUUGACAAUGAAUGUACUGAAAUACAUCGACUCUCCUCGCUGGUGGCGCUUCAAUUAUACAACUUGCUUUUCUCAAAGGUGUAGAUAAAGCCAUCAUUGGAGCCGUACUACCGUACGCACCGACCACACCUGCUUACUGGCUCGCUGGCUAGUUAGGUCCCUGCCCCGCACACAUGUACUGUAUUCAAUCUGCACUGUUGUUAGCUUUAUCCCAUGCUGGGUCUGAUCCAAUGAUUUGUACGCUGUCAAACCUGGGCACAGUCUCAGCAGCAUCCAGAGAUUAUACCAAAUAUAAGGAGGAGCUGUUUUUCUCUCCACAUGCAGGAUGUAACGACCACUCUCUCCGAUCCAAAGUGUUUCUGUAAACAAUCCUAAACCCAAACUGCUGCUAUGGUGGAAUGUUGACAGCUCUGGAUUACAGUCAAGGCUGUUCAGUUGCUCACAAACCAGCCCCAUGGGAAUAAUGAUAUUACUGCACACCAUGCCAAAUUUGGUAAGUUCUAUUGUGUGUGCGCGCCAUGUGUGUGUGGAUGAGUCAAGUUGUUGAAAACAAAGUAGCAGAUGAAUCGAGAAUCUGGGACGAAUCUGUGCAUUCUUCUGUGAUGUUGGCUUACCAGACUGUGCCCAUAUGGCGAGUGUAUAGUUGAAGGCAUUAAUUCUGCCACUAGCUUCUCAAAUACAAUAUUGUGCAUUAAAAUGAUGGGAUGUCGAGGGUGACAUUCCUGUUGUAGCAUUCAAAUUUUCUUCCGGGUUGCAUUAUGAUGAACAAAGAUGAGAGGGGCACACUCCACCUUGAUUAAAGGGCUCCUUGGACUUCACACACACACAAAAAAGCUAUGAUCUCUACAGCAGGGGUGGACUGCUGGGAGCGUUUUUCUUUUUUCUUUUUUUUUUCUGUUCCCUCCUAAAGAGAAAAAUAACUCUCGUUCUUAAAAGCAUCAGCAGCAUUACGCUUCACUCGUACCACAGAGCAUUUCUGAAUGGCUUGAUUUCUUCAGAUUUUUUUUUUUAUGGAACUGCCAAGCAGCAGAGUCUAAGCCACAUACUGUACAGUAGCAUUCCUAUCCAACACUUUCAGCUCAAACACUGUGCCCAUUGCUUAAGACCGUGUUCUGUAACAGCUGCAGAGUAGCUGCCUCAAACAUUCCUCCUUGGUAAACAUGGGUGGGGCCCUCAGUUCACCCAAGGGCUUGUUCUAUGAUUUUGUCUCCUACAGGAACUCUGUACACAAGCCAUAGAACGCACUGAUGCUCCCAAUGCCUCCUUUGCAAAGAAUAAAAUAUUUUUU